ACCUCGUGGUAGGAUAUAGGUGUACUAUUCACAUGGUGAUGGAAUUUUUCCUGAUCAGCGCAUUGAGAAACAAAAAACCUUGUAAUAAACAUAAUAUAGAGCGCCUUUUCAGCCCGGGCCGGGCUUUAAACUAAAGCGAUCAGGUUAAAGUAUAGGUCUACAUGCAUUUAUGAACCUGGAGAAAUGACUAAUUUCGAACCCGGAGACUACGUUACACUCAGCGUUGGAGGGGUGGAGUACACGACCACCGUGUUAACAUUGACAUCAUUUACAGAUUCGAUGCUGGGAGGGAUGUUUAGUGGCCGAAUUGAGGCCAAACGAGACCAUGUCAAAGGUCAUUAUUUUAUCGACAGGGAUGGUGAACUUUUCAGGUACGUUCUAAACUUCUUAAGGAAUCGAACGCUGGGUAUUCCAGAAGAUUUUAAACAACUUCAUAUGCUUCUCUUAGAAGCAGAAUUUUACCAAAUAGAACAGAUGUGUGAUGCCCUUCGACAAUUGCUGCGAAAGCCAGAUCCCGAGGUAAUCGAAAUUCAGGUUAGAUCGUUCCAAGAUGAAAAUCAAUGGAGUCAACUUGUUUGGAAGCAGGAAGGGAGCAAAGUAAAUGAGUUUCAGAGAUGGAAAAUAUACGGUUUAAAAGAGACCCUCAGGAAUGUAUCUUGUCUCGAAAGCAUAUUGAUUAAAGAACUUGAAGGACUAUCAACUGCUCCUCAAGGAGACAUCGAAAAAGAUUCCAUGCGAUUGGAGUUUCUUGAAACUGCGUAUCACGAUCAAACACAUACACCUGAGGGGUUUAGUCGCUCAAAGAUGUUCCUAGAGAUUGGGAGGCUUGGAUUCACUCUCAAAGCAACAGACACCCACUGGCCAAAUUUGCCACAUACUUUUAACAAUUUUAGAAAUCCCGAUGUAUGUCGGGCAUUGUGGCAACAAUGGAUAUUCACCAGAGUGUAAUAUUGCGUCAGAGAAAAGAACAGGAUGUAAGACAAAAUACUAGCGAAUAUUCUUUAUUCCCUCACAAGUAAUUAAAAAGAAGAAAUGAUUGAAAGAUGAUAAAUUAUAUUUGUUAUAGUAAAGAAAAACAAAGAACAAAUGUAGACGAAUACUCCGUUCACAAACCUAUCAUUUUUUGCACAUAUGGCGUCUUUAAGAUAAUUUAAGUAAAUUCUAAUUCAUCACACCGCCACCUCCACCGUCAUCGUCAUUAUGUUUGUCUUCAUUACCAUCAUCAUAUAACCAUCGCCACAAUCAUCGCAUUUUAUUAAAAUAACUGCCCAUCAUCGUAAUCUUAUCACCACCACCACCACCAUCAACAUCAUCAUCACCAUCAUCAUUCACCACCAUAAUAUAAAAUGUGACUACUCUCCUCAGGGGCGGCGGAGCCGAGGGGCACUUGAAACCUACCCCCCCCCCUAUUCUAUGUAGGGAAAAAUGCAUGUUUUUCAAAACGAAAAGUGCCCUUUUUAAAAAAUGAACCGUGCCUUUUAUCACAAUGAAAUACUUUUAUUGAAGUUAAACAAUACAUUUAAGGUUAGAAAAUCACGACAAUUUUGGCUCGCGUUUCGCGUUCUCAUCACUUAUUCUUUAGUACGGUACUCAUUCUGUUCUUUGUUACAAAAAGUGCUUAGAAUUUCCAGUUUUCAGCUCGCGCUUCGCGCUCGCAUUAUUCGUGAGAUAUGUAUUCUAUUAAUCAGUUACUAAAUGCAGUCCUUAUCUGAUUCACUUUCUGGUCAGUAUAUCAAAAAUUUCAGCUCGCGCUCGAGCAUCUCCUUCAUGAUUAAAAAAAAUGCUCGGAAUGUUUAAUUUUCAUGUCUUAUUACAUGAAAUGUCCAAAACUUUGAGCUCGCGAUUCGCGCUCACAACAUCUCACAAGAAUGCCCUUUUAAGUAAUUAACGCCACAAUUGACCAAAAACCGAGUUUCACAACUUCAUAUUUGAAUUUUUCCAAACCGCUCGCUCACUACGCUCACUCACGGAUAAAAUAAACCCUAAUAAUAUAUCUUAUCAAUCAGAAAUCACUUCAAAAAUAAAUAAAAACAAAACUAGUUCACGCAGAUGAUAAUAAUUAUAAUGGUGAAAAUAUCCGUUUUCAACAUCAUGCCCAUUUCGACAUAUUAUAAGCGCUUUUUUGCUUUAAUUGCCCCCCCCCCCACGAAAUUACGUUCCGCCGCCCCUGACUGUCCCAAUGUCAAGUUCAAAUGUGGUUUCAGUGAUACUCAAUGAAGUAUACCCACUUAAUAUUCUUGUUAACAUUUGAAUUAAUCAUCGAUGUCAUUAAUGGAAUAAAACAAUACAGCACGAUACAAUUCAUACAAUUAAAAACAUUGAUGGCUUAAUUUUCAUAGAGAUAAUACAGUAAAAAUUAGUAUAUGAUUAAUCGAUAUCUUAAAUGCCUUGGGAGACCAAACUCCAAUAAAAAUGUGUACAUCUCGAGCUUGAUCUCUGUUGAUCAUCUACGUACAUCGAUCAUCACUAUUUUUUACCAGCGGGAGAAAAAAAUUACCUUCCCGUUGUCUUUUUAAACGGUGAAUUAUAUUGAAUUGUUAUUGUUUACAAGAUGAGAAUAAUUGUGCGCGUCCAUGCUCAUCUUCACAAAAUCGACUACAACUACCAUCACCACAUACUACUACUACUACUACUACUACUACUACUACUACUACUACUACUACUACCACUACUACUAAUACUACUAAUACUCCUACUACUCCUACUACUACUACUACUACAACUACUACUACUACUACUACUACUACUGCUACUACUACUGCUGCUGCUGCUGCUGCUGCUACUGCUACUGCUGCUGCUGCUGCUACUACUACUACUACUUUUACUAUUACUACUGCUGUUGCUGCUACUACUACCUGAGUGACUACUACUACCUGACUACUACUGCUGCUGCUACUGAUACUACUACUACUACUACUACUACUACUACUAUACUACUACUACUAUACUACUACUGUUACUACUACUGAAUGCUACUUCUACUACUACAAUAUUGAUAUCAUAUAGCUGCUGCUGUUUAUCUUAAUGAUAUACGUAUAGAAACUAAAAGGUAAUACUAAUUAUGAUUUAGGUAGAUACGAAUAUUACAUUGUAUUAGCUUUAGUCAAUGCAAACUAGUUAGCACGAGGCAUUGAUGUCGCUCUGGAUAAACAACAUUGGAGAAAUGUGAAUAGUCCAAUGCAACAAAACAUUUUCAAUGAUCAAACCCUGAUUACAGAGAUAACAAAAAUGCUUUUUGUCAGGUUUAUCAAAACAAAAUGUCAAUAUGGCCAGAUAUUCCUCUUCUGCUCUGCAUUUCUUUACAUUGUAUCAAAUUUAUUAACAGGAAUGAAAUAGAGAAUGAAAUGUUUUAAAACUUGCCAAUUGUUCUCUCGAGGCGACAGCAGUGAGACAUCAAUAAAAAAAUGCAAUUAUCACAUUAUAAAACAAUUGAAAAUAUCAGAGAUAUUGCAUUGUCUCCUAUCUAAUCAUUUUGCUAUUUUAAAGGAUAUAUUUUUCAUUCAAAUUCAGAUUAAAAUAAAAUUAAAUGUAAAAAAAAAUAAUUGAAAACAUGACUAAUCAAUGUCUAAGAAAGUGAAUUUGUCGUACUUCUUAUUCCCCAAAUCAUUUAUGUUUAAAAAUAUAUGUCACAAUUCUUCUUCAUAAAAACAGUGUCAUGAAGAAUGUUAGCGACUUGUUGAAUGUUUGUACAUUGUAUUUGAUUUAUGAGAUUUUGAUUAAACAUCUCUCAAAAAGUCACAAACCAA